AUGGCUUCAGUCAACUUCGACCAAAAUGCGAUUGACCCUCCGCCGCCUCCGCUGCGCCCGGAGGAGAGUAAUAUCUCAACGCCGACGAACCGUCAACGAUGGGCGACUCAUCGAGCCACCAAAGCCGGAGGUAUGCGGAAACGCGUUUCUAUCAUGGAUCGUUUCCACAAACGUUCGGAAAUGAGAGAUGAGAAGCGGAAAUCUACCGCAGCCAACUCGACAACGACAACAGAGCCAUCGCCCGCCGCAUCCCCAGAGGACGAGAAUAGAAAAAUUUAUUUCAAUAUUCCCCUCCCCGAGUCGGAAAGAGACGAGGAUGGCCAUCCCAAAGCAAAUUACCCGCGAAACAAGGUCCGCACCGCCAAGUAUACGCCUAUAACCUUUGUUCCAAAGAACCUGUGGUUCCAGUUUCAAAACAUCGCCAAUAUUUACUUCCUUUUCAUCAUUAUUCUUGGUUUCUUCUCUAUCUUCGGUGUCGAUAACCCUGGUAUGAACACUGUACCGUUAAUUGUUAUCAUUGUCGUCACAGCCAUAAAGGAUGGGAUAGAGGAUUGGCGCCGAACGGUACUCGAUACCGAGUUGAACAAUUCCCCCGUAUAUCGAUUAGUCGAAUGGAACAACGUGAAUUCUACCGAUGACAACGUUUCCUUGUGGCGACGCAUCAAGAAAGCUUGUACUCGAGGGACGAUUUGGACAUAUCGGCACCUUCGAGAUUUGUUCCAGAAGAAUAAGAAGAAUGCCGAACCCGCAGAUGCCGAGCGACGCGCCUCAUAUCUAACUACUGUCUCCCCAAGGGCAUCUAUGGACUCGGAACACGGAGAUCGUGGACGGGACGAAGCUAUCCAAAUGACCCCUGUUCCUUCACCAGUUCCCGAUGCGCGCUCGGAUUGGCCACUCUCAAAUUCAGAAUCAAGCCAGUAUUUGCACCCCGACAAGGCAGCGCGUACUAGCAAGGCCCCAUCAGAGAUUUCUUCGCUAUCUCCGAAAAAAGGUGGCAGUGUGGUCGAUCCGACCAAGCAAGCAACUGGCAAUGCGAGAUUUAAGCGUGACUACUGGAAAAGUCUACAAGUCGGUGACUUUGUCCGGUUGUACAAUGGCGACCCCAUCCCAGCAGAUAUUGUGGUGAUGUCAACGUCCGACCCAGACGGUGCGUGUUACGUCGAAACGAAAAGUCUUGAUGGUGAAACCAAUCUAAAGGUUCGACAUGCGCUCCAUUGCGGUCGAAAGGUCCGCCAUGCACGCGACUGCGAGAAGUCGGAAUUCAUAGUUGAGAGCGAAGCUCCGCACCCCAACCUGUACGCGUAUAAUGGUGCCGUUCGUUGGGAUCAACGUGAUCCCGACUAUCUCGAUGCUCCCCGAACGGAGAUGGUCGAACCGAUUACGAUCAACAAUAUGCUUUUGCGUGGUUGCUCUCUCCGUAACACAGAAUGGAUUCUUGGUGUUGUUGUUUUUACCGGUGUUGAGACAAAGAUCAUGCUCAACUCUGGUGAGACACCGACUAAGCGGCCUCAGCUUGCGAAGGAUCUCAACUGGAACGUUAUUUACAAUUUCAUCAUAUUAUUCUGCAUGUGCCUCGUCUCGGCUAUCGUCAACGGUGUGGCAUGGUCCGAAACUGACAGGUCUUUGAAUUUUUUCGAAGAGGCCUACGGUUCAACCCCCGCAGUGACCGGUGUCAUUACUUUCUGGGUCGCUCUCAUCUUAUUCCAAAAUUUGGUACCAAUCUCCCUCUAUAUUUCACUAGAAAUUGUCCGGACAGUCCAAGCGAUUUUCAUCCACAGCGACGUUUUCAUGUACUAUGAAAAACUUGGUAUUGCUUGCAUACCGAAGACCUGGAACAUAUCCGACGAUGUCGGACAGAUCGAAUAUAUUUUCUCCGACAAGACCGGCACGUUGACUCAAAACGUUAUGGACUUCAAAAAAUGCACUGUCAAUGGGGUUUCGUACGGUGAAGCUUUUACAGAAGCUCAGCUUGGCCUUGUACGGCGGGAAGGAGGCGAUGCUGAUGCUAUAGCUGCAAGUGCUCGCGAAAAAAUUGCUGCGGAUACUACCAAGAUGAUUGGGAUGCUUCGAGAAAUGCACGAUAAUCCGUAUCUUCGCGAUGAACAACUUACAUUCGUAUCCUCGGAUUAUGUUGCUGACAUGAGUGGUCGGUCUGGUGGAACUCAGAAACAGGCAACAGAGCAUUUCAUGCUUGCUCUUGCCGUGUGCCAUUCGGUUAUUACCGAGCACACUCCUGGUGACCCCCCCCAGAUAGAGUUCAGGGCACAGUCCCCAGAUGAGGCCGCUCUAGUUGGUACGGCGCGUGAUUUGGGCUUUACACUACUCGGGAGAUCAAACGAUGACCUCAUUCUCAACGUUAUGGGCGAGGAGAGGACGUACACUGUUCUGAAUACCCUUGAAUUCAAUUCUACCAGAAAACGUAUGAGUGCCAUUGUCCGCAUGCCUGAUCGCAGCAUAAGACUAUUUUGCAAGGGUGCGGAUAGCAUCAUCUAUUCGCGUCUGGCGCCAGGGAAGCAACAGGGAUUUCGAAAAGAAACAGCCGAGCACUUGGAGACGUUUGCGCGUGAAGGUUUAAGAACACUGUGUGUCGCGGACCGAAAGCUUUCGGAAGAGGAGUACCGAGCUUGGAGUAAAGAACAUGACAUCGCCGCCGCAGCGCUUACAGACCGUGAAGAGAAACUCGAAAAUGUGGCAAGCUCCAUAGAGAAUGACCUUAUGCUCAUUGGCGGUACCGCCAUCGAGGAUAAGCUGCAGGAUGGCGUACCCGAUACGAUAUCUUUGUUGGCUAGAGCAGGAAUUAAGCUUUGGGUCCUCACUGGUGAUAAAGUCGAGACUGCCAUUAACAUUGGCUUUUCGUGCAAUCUUUUGACUAACGAAAUGGAGCUCAUUGUCUUCAAUAUUCCGGGCGAUCAACCGCAACAAGCAGCACGGGAAUUGGAUGAACAUCUGCAAAAAUUCGGCCUUACAGGAUCUGAUGAAGAACUUGUUGCCGCACGACGGGAUCACACUCCACCUGAGGCAACCCACGCUGUUGUUAUUGAUGGCGAGACCCUGAAGUUGAUGCUCACGGACGAGAUGAAGCAAAGAUUUCUCCUUCUUUGCAAGCAAUGCAAGUCCGUCCUGUGCUGCCGAGUCAGUCCCGCCCAGAAAGCGGCCGUUGUAAGGCUCGUGAAGGAGGGCCUCAAUAUUAUGGCUCUCUCUAUCGGCGAUGGUGCCAAUGAUGUCGCCAUGAUUCAGGCCGCUGAUGUCGGUGUUGGUAUUAUUGGCGAAGAAGGUAGACAAGCUGCCAUGUCAGCAGACUAUGCCAUAGGCCAGUUCCGAUUUUUACAACGACUUAUUCUUGUUCAUGGGCGGUACUCGUACCGACGCCUAGGAGAAACAACUGCCAACUUCUUCUACAAGAACUUGGUCUGGACUUUCGCACUUUUCUGGUAUGCGAUCUACAAUGAUUUUGAUGGCUCUUAUCUGUUCGACUACACCUACAUUAUCCUGGUUAAUCUUGCUUUUACAUCUUUACCCGUUAUCUUAAUGGGGAUCUUUGAUCAGGAUGUGGACGACAAAGUGUCGCUCGCAGUUCCUCAACUAUAUAUGAGGGGCAUCGAGAGACUUGAGUGGUCUCAAACGAAGUUCUGGUUGCAUAUGCUUGACGGCUUUUACCAGUCCGUCAUAUGCUUCUACAUGCCAUAUCAAUUGUAUGAGCCAGCAAACUUCGUGCACGCUAGUGGAAAAGACGUUAGCGACCGGAACCGAAUGGGUAUACUUGUUGCCUCUUGUGCCGUUAUUGCCAGCAACACCUAUAUCCUUAUCAACAGUUAUAGGUGGGACUGGUUGACGGUAUUGAUCAAUGCCAUCAGUUGUUUGCUUAUCUUCUUCUGGACCGGAGUCUACUCCUCUUUCCAAGCCUCGGCCCAGUUCUAUAAAAGUGCUGCUCAAACGUACGGGACAUUGUCUUUCUGGGUCGUUCUUCUGGUUACAGUUACGAUAUGCCUCACCCCCCGGUUCGUGGUCAAAUCCGUUCAGAAAGUGUUCUUCCCGCUCGAUGUCGAUAUCAUCCGUGAACAAAUCACACUCGGCAAAUUCAAAUACUUGGAUCAGUAUGAAACGUUUGUACCGAAAGCAGCUGGCUCUGCGGAUGAUUCCGCGGCCUCUUCUGAUCUGGGCAAGCCGGUCGAUUCUGGUACGAGGCAAAAUCCUUUCUCAGAUGAUCAGCAGAUCUAUGCGGAAUCCGUUGCCCCGACGGUUCGUACGCAUAAUCAGCGCGGCCAGAAUGGUAGUAACGGAACCACCUAUGCUUCUAGUAUUGACACCACACGACAUCCCCACCCGCAGGCAGUCGACUACGUGCGAUCCUCAGCCGAGCGAACGCGGCAUUCCUUCGAUGGGGCCCAGCACGGUUUCGACGGACCCGACGGCUUUGCGCACCCCAAUACGUUAACACGCGUGGAAUCAUCCUUGACAACCGGUGCUCAACGGCCACAAAGCCCUCAUAGCCCGCUUCAGGGUUCGAACUGA